AUGAUUCUGAUAGCAGCAUCAAUGCACAUUAGGGAGCAUCGUUCUUUUUCUCUUAGGACUCCUUCAAUUCAUAUAAGAGACGAAGAUCCGAAAGAUGUGGUGAAGAGUAGCAUUUGUGGUAUAAUGAUGGGAGUACUUUUCAUGAUAAUAUUCGCAAUAAUUGGGAUGGUAGGGAUAUUUACGAAUAUCGACGAGGAAAUAGAAUAUAUAUGGAUGUUAGUCGUUUUGACUUUCACUUAUGUACUCUUUAUUCCUUACUUUAUUUUAAUAUUACAAGAUCUGAGGAGAAUAUCGAGUGAGUUGGAGAAGCAUUAGGAUGAAUCUAUUGUGAUGAAUCCCUAUGCAUUUGCUUCUAGUAUGAAUACGAUUAGUGCCAUUACAAACACAGAAAAAUAUAACCUUUUUAGAUUAUUAAAUGUUUAAUUUUUCAUCAUUUCUUUGAUUAUUAGUGCUUUCUUAAUAAAUUCAGAAAUUGUGAUCGGAUCAUUAUUAGCAAUUGUUAACUACAUCGUGGCAGCAACUAUUAUCAUCUAUGUUUGCAGAAGAUGUUGGCUGGGAUGUUGCAAUAUUAAAAUUGCAACCAAAAACCCAAAACGAUAUCACUUCUACAGAUAUCCAUCUCCCAAUCAAGUCAAGGAUUCAGCAUUUGCAUUUGCAGUUGCAUUGGUUACUUAUUAUGUUUGCAAACUCAUCCUCUAUGUGAUCUUUCUUUGCUUAGAUCAAGAAGAUUUUCAAUACACUUACCUCACUAGCUUAUUCUAUGCUUUUAUAAUGAUUGUAUAAUUCGCAUAUGUUUCGUAUUUGAUCAAAAGAACCCUCAUUACUUAACAAUCCAAGAAAUACUUCAAAUGUUACAUGACCUUAUUUUAGUCCCUUUACCUCUCUCAGACCACCUAGAACUGUGUUCUCAAGGGACUUUACUUCUUUUCCUUAUUGUGCACCUACAUCGCCUUCUUUCUUGAGAAACCCUACUUAACAAUCAAAAACUCCGAUCUAUUUGGAGUUCAAUAAUUUUGUUCCUAUGAACACUUCAUCUACCUAUUCACAUUACUGUAACUCAUCUAUUUCCUCUUGUUUCGAAGCUAUUGUGUUAAUAAGGAGGAAGAACAAAUAUAGAUUUUUGAUUUCAAUUAAGUCCAAACCCAGGACAACCGUUUACAAUGGAUACAAAAUUAACAGGACUACCCAAUUUACGACAAUUAGGAAGCAGAUUUUCUGUAUUUCAUCCACGAUCUAGAAGCUCUAUAGGAGAUCUACGACAAUCUGAUUUUCUAAUCUUCUUAAUUAGAAUUGAAGAUGAGACCAAGAAAUGGCCAAUUAAUCAAUUUAACCUAAUGGAUUGAAGACAAGAAGUUUUAAUUACAAGUCCAAGGGAGAGGCUUUGAUGAUGAAUACUUUGCAAAUCUCAAAUCAUUCAUCAAACAAAACAUUCGAUCCAAAAGAGAUGCCAAAGACAAACAAAAAUAAUCUAUCGAUAGAAUUGAAUGUGCAAUAUGUUUAUAAUAGUUGGACACCAAAUAGAAUAUUACUAGAUUAGGAUGCCAUUCCACUCAUAAAUUUCACACUGAAUGUAUAGAAAGAUGGAUCAAUGCUGUCCACAAAUGUCCUUUAUGCAAUCAACCUGCUUGA